AACUCGAGUUAGCUGAACUUAUUUGGCUCGACAUGAUUCUGCAAGAGCACUGCGAAGGUUUCCAUCGCUGGUGAGCGGAAUCCUCUAGAAGCUGCCCUUUCUUCGUCGUCGAUUCCUCGCUUCGUCUUCAGUCGGAGCCGCCGAGUUGCUUACCGAUUGUUCCUUGAUCAAGAGGUUUCUUGGAGGUUAGGAUCGGUCAUGGAGAAAGAUAAAUCAGCCGGCGACGAGAGCAGUGGUUUUGGCGGUUUGCCGCCGCCUUCGCCAUCUCGGUACGGCGCAUUCGCAACUGCUUUGACUUCGAGCAGCUUUCCUGCCAAGGCUGGUGCGUCUUCUUCGUCUUCUAAUCCCAGUGACGAUCGUGAUGAUAGGCAGUUCAGUCAUGACAUCAAGCGAAUGCCUGAUUUUCCUCGGAGAAGCAACGGCCACCGGCGAGCUCACUCAGAGAUAUUGAGCCUCCCAGAUGACAUUAGCUUUGACAGUGACCUAGGCAUUGUAGGGGCCGGAGAGGGCCCAUCGUUGUCAGAAGAGACUGACGAAGAUUUGAUCUCUAUGUAUCUUGAUAUGGACAAGAUAGCUUCAUCAUCUGCGUCCUCAGUAUUGGAUCUGCUAGAGAGCGAAACUUUGGCCACUGCAUCUGUGGGUGCUAAUGCUGAGAAUGUGGCUGAAACUUCUAGCGAGAGGCCAAGGAUUAGGCAUCAACAUAGCCAAUCAUUUGAUGGAUCUACCACUAUCAAGCGAGAGAUAUUGGCAUCAGGUGCGGGUGGAAUGUCGUUGGUUGAGGAAAAGAAGGCCAUUUCAGCUGCCAAACUUGCUGAACUUGCUCUUGUGGAUCCAAAGCGAGCAAAGAGAGUCUGGGCCAAUAGACAGUCAGCUGCUAGGUCAAAAGAAAGGAAGAUGCGGUACAUUUCAGAACUGGAGCGGAAAAUAAUGACCCUACAGACAGAAGCUACAACUUUAUCAGCUCAGUUAACCAUGUUACAGAGAGACAACACUGGUCUGAAUUCUGAAAACAACGAACUGAAGCUGCGGGUACAGACCAUGGAGCAGCAAGUUCAUCUGCAGGAUGCACUAAAUGAAACGCUGAGGGACGAGGUUCAACGUCUGAAACUUGCAACCGGGACUGCAGCUGCUAACAGUGGGCAGAUGGUAAAUUACGGGCAAUCUUCUUUCGGAGUCAACCAGCAGUAUUACCACAAAACUCCUCCAUCACAAUCUCUCAUGGCUGCCCACCAACUUCAGCAACUUCACUUGCAUUCGCAGCAACAACGUCCACAGCAGUAUCAGGGAGCACCAUUGCAGAGGCAACCGUCUGCCGAGAUUAAACCAAGGUUUAUGGCUUCUCAAACCCAAAAGGAAGGGACUUCAGAUAACAGCAAUGGCGCUCCACAGGGAUGAAUGAGAGAGAACAUUGAUUUCGCUUUGAGCUUCGAUUUCUUUCAUGUGCCUGCAUUGGCAUGCUUGCUUUUAGUUAGCCAUUCGAUAAUUGAGGAAGUUGAACCUCCUGGAUGCUACUCUCUCUCUCUCUUUUUUUUUGUAGUUUAUCUUUGUAGAGUGUUUUAUUAGUUCGGAUAAAAGUUUACUUGUGGUAGGUUAUUCAAAGGCCUUGUGGUAGGUUAUUCAAAGGCUUGUUGGUUAGGCCAUUCGUAUCAUGAUCAAGUGGCGAGUUGGAUGUUCAUGGAUACAAGAAAUAAUUGUCAUCUUUUUCUUAA